CACGUUUAUAAAUACUUUUUAUUAAUUCUCUUACAAAUAAUAUAAAAUUUUCGCGUGUGUUCACAAGUGUUUCCCCUUCAGCAACGAGUAAAGUAUUUCUAAAUCACUAUUGCUCGAAAAUAUUUCUAAUAUCGAUCAACGAGAGAUAUAAUGUUUUUGUCGCGAUAUUUCAUUGUUUCGCGGCACCUUGCGAAUCACGCCGGUAAAAUUGGCGUAUGUCACGUAUCGAAUUAUUGCAAAAUUGACGAAAGUGUCUUUGGGUUGAACGACGAACAGAAAGAGCUUCGUUCGCUCGUUUUCAAUUUUGUACAAAAGGAGUUGGCACCUAAAGCUGCUGAAAUCGACCAAAAAAAUAAUUUCGAUGAAUUGAAGACGUUUUGGAAAAAAUUGGGUAAAUUGGGCCUCUUAGGGCCGACUGUGAAGCCAGAAUAUGGAGGCGCAGGUUGCACAUAUCUCGAUCAUGUAAUUAUCAUGGAAGAAAUUAGCAGAGCAUCUGCCGCUAUCGGACUCAGUUACGGCACACAUUCGAACCUCUGUGUUAAUCAAAUUCAUCGAAAUGGCACGGAAGAACAAAAGCAAAAAUAUUUACCUAAGCUGUGCAGUGGUGAACACAUCGGGGCAUUAGCAAUGUCGGAGCCGGGUGCCGGGUCUGACGUUGUCUCCAUGAAAUUGCGAGCCGAGAGAAAGGGGGACUACUAUGUCCUCAAUGGCAACAAGUUCUGGAUUACCAAUGCUCCGGACGCGGAUACACUAAUCGUCUAUGCGAGAACGGAUCCGAAUGCGGACAAGCCGCAGCAUGGCAUCACUACUUUCAUCGUCGAGCGUGACACAGAGGGUUUCAGCACGGGGAAGAAGCUGGACAAACUUGGCAUGCGCGGCUCCAACACAGGCGAACUGAUUUUCGAGGAUUGCAAAGUGCCAGCUGCAAAUAUUUUAGGAGAAAUUAAUAAAGGUAUUUAUGUGCUCUUUAGUGGACUGGAUCUGGAACGAUUAAUAUUAUCUGGCGGACCUUUGGGACUACUGCAAGCUUGUUGCGAUGUUGCCUUUGAAUACGCUCAUACGAGACAGCAAUUUAGCCAGUAUCUUGCAAAAUUUCAAAUGAUACAGGCGAAGAUAGCGGACAUGUACACAGCUCUGAGUGCGAGCAGAAGCUACUUGUACUCUGUCGCUAGAGCCUGCGACGCCGGUCAUGUAAAUCGCAAAAAUUGCGCCGCGGUGUUGCUCUUUUCCGCCGAGAAUGCAAUGAAAGCGGCAUCGGAUGCUAUACAGAUACUCGGUGGCAAUGGUUAUAUCAAUGAUUAUGUGACGGGGAGACUGCUGCGAGACGCGAAGCUUUAUGAGAUCGGCGCGGGCACCAGUGAAAUACGACGUAUGGUCAUCAGCCGAGCGAUCACUGAGGAAUAUCUGAAAUAAGUCGUAGUUCCGAUUUGAUGACUGUAUGAAAAGAAUGAUUCUAUUGAAGUAUCUAAAAACUUAGAUACAAAUCUAAAAAUAAUUUUAUUAUUUUUGAGGCUUUUACGGAUAUUUUCUUUAGAAAUACCAAAGGGUUAAGGGUCGCCGUCUCGUAAUCCAUUGCUAAUGCUAAUGUUUCGUGAACUUUGCCGUUCACUUCAUCAGGGUGAGGAGCGCACUAAUACUGAACUCUUCCGAAGGACUCUCUUUAUAUAAACUCCCUUUAUAUAAGAUAAAUUUUGUUAAAUCAUUAACGUAUUUACAUA